UAUAUAUAUAAGUUUGGACGUGCUUAGUUAAUGACCAAUUCGUCUUGCUUAUCGAAACAAACCUUGCUGCCAUUGAGAAUUGUGGUGUUGAAUCAAUUUUUACUCUUAGACUCCUUCAUCUCAACAUGGUUUGCUUGGCUUGUUUGUUGCCCCUCUUUCUUGUUCCGAUAGUUAACAUUCUUCCUCUUCUCUUCGAUUUUAUCAUGGGAAAGAUCUAUCGAGUUUUUGGUUGGGAGUAUAGGAAACCAGACAGGGUUCCUCCUGCAUGUCCAUAUAAACCUCCAACCUCUUCUGUUAAUAAGCAGGCUGAGGCAGAUGGUGAACCUAAUCCAGCAGAUCCUGUUAAACCUGGAACUGUAGAUGUCAAAAAGGAUUAAUGUGGGUAGCUAACAAUUUGUAAGGUUUGACAAGAUUAAACAGUAUGAUUACACCUUAUGGUUCGUGUCUGUAACUUUUAUCAAAUAUAUUGUCUUGUCAUGGUGAUUGUGUGAAAAAAAGAUGAUUGGUUACUUAAUUUUAAACAAAAAAAGUUAGUUUCGCUGAAAGUAAAAGAAAAUGUAAUUUAUGGAUGACGUUAAGAAUCU